AUGAAUCCAGAAUACGACUACCUCUUCAAGCUUCUCCUUAUCGGAGACUCAGGUGUUGGAAAGUCCUGCCUGUUGCUUCGUUUCGCCGAUGAUACAUACACAGAAAGCUACAUCUCCACGAUCGGUGUCGACUUCAAAAUUCGCACUAUUGAAUUAGAUGGAAAGACCGUGAAGCUUCAAAUCUGGGAUACUGCCGGUCAGGAACGUUUCCGAACAAUCACAUCGUCUUACUACCGCGGAGCACAUGGUAUCUGCGUUGUCUAUGACGUGACCGACAUGGACUCUUUCAACAACGUCAAGCAGUGGUUGCAGGAAAUCGAUCGCUAUGCCACCGAGGGCGUCAACAAGCUCUUGGUCGGCAACAAGAGCGAUAUGGAGGACAAGAAAGUUGUUGAGUACACCGUGGCCAAGGAAUUCGCGGACAGUCUCGGAAUUCCCUUCCUGGAAACAUCUGCUAAGAGCGCGUCCAAUGUCGAACAAGCGUUCUUGACUAUGGCCCGACAAAUUAAGGAACGAAUGGGUACUGCCACGGUUAACAACAAGCCUACGGUGCAGGUUGGCCAGGGCCAAGGCGUCCAAUCUGGCUCCGCUGGCGGUUGCUGUUAA